AUGGUUGUCGGCGGCUUAAUGGGACGGAUUGUUGGUCACCUGGCACAGUGGCUGGUUCUCGUCACACCCGACUGGAGUGUCUGGGGUGGUUGUGCAACCGCAUCGGACGGAACCUGUAUCCAGCCCGGAGUCUAUGGUCUCAUCGCUGCCGGUGCAACCAUGUGUGGUGUCACACGGCUGUCGGUGACGUUGGCCGUCAUUCUGUUUGAGCUCACUGGCAGUCUCGACUACGUGCUGCCAUUCUCCCUAUCGAUUCUUGUGGCCAAAUGGACAGCAGAUGCCAUUGAGCCAAGCAGUAUUUAUGAUCUCCUUACAAACAUGAAUGCUUAUCCAUUCUUGGACAACAAACACAAGCCCAUCUUCACCGGCGACUUGACGGAGCUGGUUCGGCGUUUACGAAGAGAGCGGGUGAUUGAUAUUACGAAUUCACCAAUGGUCCCCGCCUCGAGUCUCCGCACCAAGCUCGAACUCCUUCAUCGCCACGGUGAGCUCGACGGUGGUUUGCCCAUCCUGAGAGAAGAUGUCCUGGUGGGCCUCAUUCCCGCUCCAGACCUUCAGUUUGCGCUGGACCAGCUUCGAGACGAAGGCUCAAACCUCUGCUUGAUGGAUCAAAUCCCUAGCAUCGAUGACGACGACAUUGGCAGCGUACCCGAUCCCACGGACUUUACCCAAUUCAUCGAUCCGGCACCUGUUGCCCUGGAUAUCAGGUCGCCGAUCGAUCUGGCGUAUGAGUGCUUUGUCAAGCUGGGCCUGCGGUACAUUUGCGUCUUGAGAGACGGCAAAUAUGCCGGCAUGAUUCACAAAAAGACAUUCGCCAAGUAUACUCGAGAACUAGAAGAGGAGCAAGGCGGCCAUUGA